UGCACAAAAUUAGACUCUUACAUCCCUGAAUUUCUCCUGUAAACCCCUGCACUGUUGGAAGCGAGAGUCGAUGGAUUGUCAGUGAGAUUUUAUGUUUACUGGGCUGCGAGUGCUGACAGGCAGGCGAUUAUGAUUAACUCCGUAUGAUAACAGACAUCUAUAAAUAUCAGUUGUCCUGCAAGGGUAAUAUGAAGAAAAUGAUUAACCAAUAUGUUGUCACCCUGUUACAGUGUAAUAGCUUAUAAGCUAUUGUUCAAAUCGGCAAUUUAGUAGCAUCUCAUUUUAAAACACUGGGAUGUUUUUUGCUAAGCAGUGAAUAAAUGAUGCUGUAAUGGCUUGUAGGUCAACAGAUUAUAACGCUUGUGAUGUUUUUAUACUGUGACUGCGGCCGACUUUUAUUUUGAAGAAUUCAACUGAUUGCCGGAGCCAAUCAGAGAGAGGGAUGCUAGUGAUGCCAUCACGUUCAAGACGUUUCUGCACAGCUAGCGUGCUGAGGGUUGAAUAAUUUUUGUUAAGACAAUUUUUACAGUUAGAUAACGACCGAGUUCACAAGUAUAUCCAUUAUUUUUCAAAAGUGCAGUUUUAACUUCUUCCCCAGCCCAGGGAGAUAAAGUAACCUCGGCUAGAUGAGGAAGUAGGCGUGUUCUGAAGCCGAGGAGCCUCCAGCUGCUCUGCCAUUGGUUCUAGCUGCUCCAUAAUACAGUUUUAAAUGUCUGGCGGUGAUACAAAACCUAAAGACUUGCUUAUGGGGAAUCAGCGUGUUUGUGAGAGGUUUGUUUAGGCUUUUAACACAAUAAUUUACCAAUGUAGUGGGCAUUACAUAUGUCAUAGACCGGUUAUGCAGGUGUCAUAUUAGCUUUUGGGUGAGUUUUAGUUUUUAUUGGAUUGCAGUCAAGAAGUUCUCAAAGGCUCAAGAUGGUGACCAAGAGGAUCCGCUCGGAGUACAUGAAGAAAUUUAAAGACCCCAAAUGGGAAACCUAUACUAAGUGUUAUGAGGAGAUGCUCAAGUACAGGCUGACCCGCAGGCUGCUGGAGCAAACGCACAACCCCUGGUUCUGGGGUGGGUCUGACAGCGACUCAGACUCUGGAGGAAGAAGUCCCCGGUCUCCCAGUAAGAACCAGGGACGGUCUGAGACAGAGGAUGAGCUGGAGGAGUGUGAGGGGGCAAGGACGGAGGGACAGCAGGCGCAGCAGACCAGAACCACAGUGCUUGUUCCCAGACGGUCCCUUCGAGAGAAGGAAGAGUUGGGGGAUGCAUCAGCUGGACAGACUGCAGUCCACGGCUCACAGUGUGGUGGUGCCAGAGAGACUAGAGUACCAGAGGAGGAGACAGAGGAGCAAAGAUCCAGCAGCAGAGGCAGUAGACACUUAACAGUUCCUCACAGAGAAGGAAGCCAAGAGACAAACACUGGAGGACCACGACCACAGCAGAGCAAACCCUCUAAAUCCUCAAAAAAAACUCGGCACUCUCAGCGGGUCCGGCCUGCACCAUCACGGCAGCCCAGAGAGAACAAUACUGAGAGCAGACAUCCUUUUGCUCUGUAUGGUUCAGGGGAGAAAGACGCAGACAUCGCAGGAAGAAAAACACAUAACAUAGGCCCUGCAGCUUCAACUAAUGAGAUCCAUGAGUCAGCUCUACGUGCCAAGUCCAGGCGAGAGGUGGAGCGUCAGAUCCAGACCCAGAGAACCGAGCACCGCAGAGCCAAAUCUGCUGAUCUGGAGAAGGCCAGGAAGCUGAUUCAACCUGAGUUCAACCCCUGGAUCACUGAGUACAUGCACUGCUUUUCUGCUCGCUCUCGAUAGGACACACAUGCAUAUUGUACAUAUACACACACUCAUCAGAAAUACAGGAGGGUGAUAAAUGUAAGGAAAACGCUUUGGAUUUGUUGUUUGGAUAAAACAAGACAUUUAAAGAUACCACUUUUUCUUUAAUUUGUCACCCGUUUGUUACAGCAGGAUGAUUCCAGACAAGAAUAAGAAAAUAAAGCCACUUUCAUCUCGAGGUUUAAAUACACACACAUACAUGUAGAAUAAAGCACGGGGCCGAUGGAGUUGUACAAAGGCUCCUACAUGUGUAUCUUUGGUAUUCAACAUGUGAAACUGACAACAACUUAUACUGAAAUUCACCAUGUGGUUUAUUCCCCCAAAUGUCUACUAUCAUGCUGUUUUUAUACAGUAAAAAUGAUUUAAUAUAUUUAACACGGAACAUUUUACAGGGUAGUAAGACCACUGAAAGAAGUUAUUUUAAGGCACUGUAAAUGUAUCAUUGACAGAUACAUCUACAGUAUACGGCUGAGAAUGGGGAGGUUAAAAUGCAUUUUAUAGCCAUACUUUGAUGCAGUCCUUUUAAACACAUGCUAGAUACAGUAAGAUUAUAUUCUGUCCAUAUUUUUAUACAUGUGGGUAUUGAAGGCAAAAUGGCAGUGAGCCUGAAAAGAUUCAGUCAUAUUCUCACUUAAAAAAGAAAUAAAAAUGUGAAAAAAAGUACAAUCCAUCACUUAUUGUAUACACAUACAUGCAAGGUGAAACCCACAUAAUCAAAUUGUUUGUAAUUAUGCAUUAGUCAAACUGAUUUGGUUUAGACAGACAGUGAAUUGCAGUCUCAAACUCUGUGUAACAGCAGAUUUAUGUGAUUUGGCGGUGGCAUUUUCACUUGAGCUCAUUAACGCUUUCACGUUUGUUCUUUAGUUGUGUUAAUGUGUGUGCACAGUAACCAAUGAACCGGGUGCUAACACACUCUGAAAACAAAUGUGCGUGACUGUGAACAGUGUGUUUGUGUGGUCCUGUGGAUACCACAGUCUUUACACAGUGAUUGAAUGUGCGUCUCUUUUCAUGUAAAUUACAGCUAACUGAGGAUCUCCUGAACACAUAAUAAUGAGCAGUUUAAAGCUGACAUUCUUAAUCAUCGUUGUUAUGGAAUAUGCAUUGGAACCAAAAGUGGAACCAAAACAAAAAUGGGAAUAAAGCCAAAGUCUAAAUGACCUCUACUUAGAGCUGCUGCUAAUUCACUGUUUACUGGUUGAAGCAGCACUCGCUCUAAUGUACGAUCGAAUCCAGCAGCAUUUUCACCGUCACCUUUCUUAAAUAAAAUUUGUACUGAAUACUUUAAGUAUUUAGGUUUUCAUGUGAUACAUUUAUCUUUUGAAUCUUUGUAUAUUUAUACAUAUAUAUGUUAAAGAGUUAUUUGUGGACUCAAGUGGAUUUUUGAUUCAUUGUCUUUGCAUGACUGUUGAAAUCAGAACCUGCUUGAUCAUGAUCUCAUCAUCUCUGUGCCAUAAAGGUUAGUUUUGCAACUAUAGUGAUUAUUGUGACUGCUGUGAAUAUCUAGCAGAUUUUCAGUAUUACAUUACUUGCUUUGCUUUUGUAAUGAUUUAGAUUUUGUGUUAGGUUAUACUGUAAUAUAGUUAAGAAAACUGAUGUGUCAUUUUGUGCAAUAUUAUAAUACUUUAGGUACCUGCAUUGAACAGGUGUGUUUUUUUUACAUGUGGGGAACUUUGACUAUCUUAAAAAAGGACCAAAACAAAACAGUUAAUUCCUAUUUUACAUCUUCAUUGGUUAAUGAAACCAAACUUUAUCAUCUACAUUCUGUUCAUAUGGAAACAUUUUAGUUUUGGUGAGGAGUUACUUAUGUUUUUGUAGUUUUUCUUGGUCAUGUAUAGCAGACAUCCGCCAAGCUAAAAUAUUCCUUUAUACCGGGAUAGUGCCAUCUCAAAAUAUCAUCCCACUCCAGAAUUUUUAAUCAGGGAUAAUAUGAAGAAUAAAUUAUGGUGGCACCAGAAGAACUGAAGUUUCAGUGUAGAGUCUGACUUUAGUCAAAAUUGAAGUCAGAAUGAAUGGGUUUCAUGAGCUUCUGAAGGACUCCACAUUACAAAUAAAAAGUAAAGUUACA